UUGUUCUGUGUCCUACAUACAUAACACUGGCCACUGCAACAGUUUGUUUGUGCCACAAUAGCUGACAGUAGAAACCUGUUUUUGGAAAUGUUUGCACUUAUGAUUUUGCAAGAUGUUAUUCUCUGACUGGGUAUUCCAUGGAUUUGAAGAUGUGAAAUGAGUCACAUCGCUGGAGUUUUGAAUUCUGCCACCCCAUGGUCUUCUGGGGAGAGAACUGGAUUCCACCAAAUUGUAUUUAUGCACCUUAUUUCAACCUAGCCAAAAGCAACACUGCUGCUGGAGAAAAAUGUAUUGUACCAGAAGGAAGCGACUGCAGCUGAGCCGAGUUCUUUUUCUCCUCUCUGGGGUUUUCCUCUGUACCCUCUACCAGCUGACCAUCAGCACUAGACUGUACGAGCCUUUGGCAAUGCCUCAGAUUGCACAGGAUAGUGGGGAAGGUUCAGCAGAGGGGGUUGAGGAGAUUACAGAUCUGGGAAAGGCUCUAUCUACAGCAUAUGAUUUAGAGCAAACUGAGCAAACAAACAUAACGUAUGAUGUCCAUAAUGCAACUACAACUUCAGUAUCCACAACAUCUACCACUACUGAAUUGCCAUUAUUGCCAACAACAAAUCGGACUCUUGUGCAUUGCAUCUAUGUGGCACCUGAACUUCAGGAGACACCCACGCCAGCUCCUCCUACAACUACCGUCCCACCAGCCUUUCCGGGUGAAGCACCACAUAUGAAGGGUGAUUACCCAGAGGACAUUUUUUCAAUCGAAGAUCGCAGACGUGGCUGGGUGAUCCUUCACAUUAUUGGGAUGAUGUACAUGUUUGUGUCACUUGCAAUUGUGUGUGAUGAGUUUUUUGUUCCUGCUCUCGGGGUAAUCACAAACAAGUUGGCAAUCUCUGAUGAUGUGGCUGGAGCCACCUUCAUGGCCGCCGGAGGUUCUGCCCCUGAGCUUUUUACCUCUUUGAUAGGAGUCUUCAUUGCCCACAGCAACGUGGGUAUUGGCACAAUUGUGGGCUCAGCAGUUUUCAACAUUUUGUUUGUGAUUGGAAUGUGUGCUUUGUUUUCUCGGGAGAUUCUCCAUCUGACCUGGUGGCCUCUAUUCAGAGAUGUGUCAUUCUACAUACUUGGCCUCAUCUUUCUAAUUAUCUUCUUCCUGGAUAAUGUCAUAAUGUGGUGGGAGAGCAUGAUGCUGGUGGCUUGUUACACUGUCUAUGUCAUUUUCAUGAAGUUUAAUGUGCAAAUAGAGCGAGCAUUCAAGACCCAACUCCACAAACACAAGAGCAUUGUCAAAGUUAUUGCUGUAGAGGAACCUGACAAGACUAAUGGGAACGGUGAGGAUAAUGCCCCUCCUGCUCCAGAUGACAAGAAUCAUUUAAAGUUGAAGCCAUCCCUUCAGCGAGGGGGGAGUUCUGCUUCUUUACACAACAGCACAAUGAGAAACACCAUCUUCCAACUCAUGAUUCAUACAUUAGACCCUAUAGGUAAUGGGAAAUUUAAGGAGAAAGCUGAAACUCUGAACAGCAUGGCAAGAAGGAAAUCAGACGCUAAAGACAAAAGUGAAGAUGGUGAGACAAAUGAUCACCAGCUUAACCACAGCAUGGACACAAGUUCACCCAGCCUGUCACCCAAUCCUGUAUCCCCUGCAAACAAUAAUCCUGACUUUCAACCUGUGACAUAUUGUGAAUCUGCCUUCUGGUGCUCCAUCUCCUAUUAUGAGUUGAACCAGCGUGUUGGAGAGACCUUCCACGCUUCCCAGCCCUCCCUUACAGUAGAUGGAUUCACAGACCCCUCCAACUCCGAACGCUUCUGUCUGGGCUUGCUGUCAAACGUCAACCGCAACUCAGGAGUAGAACUCACACGCAGACACAUAGGUCGGGGUGUGAGGUUAUACUACAUCGGGGGUGAGGUGUUUGCAGAAUGUCUCAGUGAUAGCGCCAUCUUUGUCCAAAGUCCUAACUGCAACCAGCGCUAUGGGUGGCAUCCUGCCACUGUGUGCAAAAUACCUCCAGGCUGCAACCUGAAGAUCUUCAACAACCAGGAGUUUGCUGCGCUGCUCUCUCAGUCAGUCAACCAGGGAUUUGAGGCAGUCUACCAACUCACCAGGAUGUGUACUAUUCGGAUGAGUUUUGUUAAGGGUUGGGGAGCUGAGUACAGACGUCAGACAGUGACCAGCACCCCCUGCUGGAUAGAGCUACAUCUUAAUGGUCCCCUUCAGUGGUUGGACAAGGUCCUCACACAGAUGGGCUCCCCCAGCAUCCACUGCUCUAGUGUGUCCUAGGAGCAGCCCUCCUUCCCAUCCACACUCAAACCCCCCAUAGGAAUCAAUCCACAGAAACAGCAUUUCCCCUGCUGUGUUUGACAUUUCUCAUCACAUGUACAGCACUGUCUUUAGUGUCAUUUAGUGUCUCAAUUUCAUGAUCAUUGUAGGACAUUUUUAUGGUUUUUAUUAUUUUCAGAAGACAGAAAUGCAUCUUCAUGAUUAUUCUUUUACAUAUUAUGUCCAUCCUUCCUGUUAAUUAACUUGACAUUUCACAAAGGAGACUGAAAUGUUUGUUUUCCAAGUUGGAAGAUAUGCAGUUUCAACUUGGCCAUCGACAUGUUUUAAAACAUUUUUGAUUCUAUGAAUUAAUCAAUAUUAUGAAUAAGCCUUUAGUGUCCCAGCAAUCACUGAAUUGGGAAGCUUAUUUAUUAAACAAACCAUAAAUUAACAUGAGAAAUGUUAUUUAUAGUGACAGAAUAUAUUUCAUUAAUAUUUUAAGUAGAAGGUACUUUCCUUUAUUGAUUUAUGAUCAAUAAAGAAACCAAUUAUCUGAUCAGUGAAUUGGUAUUUUGUCUAGUUAAAAAAAAACUGCAUCAGUGUUUCUGAUAUAGAGCCCUUGUAUUAAAAGUAUUUUGCUCAAUGAAAGAGACAUUUUCUAAGUUAUUUUUGCAUAUUGUCCUGCAUGAGAAUAUAUUUUUCUUAUUGCCUAAAUAUGAUUGUACAUAAAUAUUUAUAGCUUGUGUAAUCUGCUAGUCAUCCAUUGCUUGAAAGGGUGGAUCAAAGUGAACUCUGGCAUGGGUGGAUUCACAGUAAGACUACUUAGAUGAACUUUUCAGGUGAGUUGGUUCUGAAGUGUGGCACAGGAAUACUGUACCAACCAUUAGUGUUAUUUGAUAACAGGCUCGAUGAGUCAUUAUAGUAGACUGACUGAAUCUGGACACCAUGUGACUUGAAGUAUGAAGUGUACAGUGACCAAGGUUGUGUUCAUCUGUUGUUGGCAGUGUGGAGUGAAAACAACAAUGCAGGUCGUCUUAUGUAUUAUCAAUUGUUAACCAAUGGUACACUAUGCUCCUUAUGGGUAAAUGAUGCAUUUCAAGUUUACUGUGUCACUUUAAUGGUUGUGGUAAUUUGCUUGUCCACUAAAUACUGUAUAUUACAUGUACAUUACAAUAUAAGGCAUGUGUAAUAUGCUCACUGUCCUUGGUUGUUGUCUAAGAUGUCACCAUGUUAAUCCUGCACUCACUCACAGUACAUAAGACUGAGUCACCAAGUAAUCUAUUUAAAGGAGUUACAUGGCGCUGAACGGAAACACUGUACUACACAGUGCAUUAGAUAUGUGGUAGGUCUGUAUCAGUACUUGAGUUCCUUGAUAUUCUUUUAGUGGUUUUAUGAUCCAAGUCUUAUGUUUUUGUUUUGUUUUUUAAUGUAGACUAAUAUUUGUUCUCAAAUGUCUAGAAUUAUCUGUGAAAUUUUAAUAAAUUGCAAAACAGUAAAAAGAGGGCUGCUUCUCUGUAAAAGGAAUUAUGUAUGAAAUAUAAAUGUAAAAAGAACAGUGUUGCCUCACAGCAGCUGGUGCAUUCAUUGUACCACUAAAUUGACCCUUUCUGUGUUAGGGUGGCGACCUGUCUGGGGUACACUCUGCCUCUCAUACGUGACCCUGCACCAAUGAGUAAAGUUGCUUGUUGAAACACUAUUAUACACCGUGACAAAAAUUUGAAAUUGAUAUACAUAAAGCUGAUAAGUGUCCUGUAAUAAGUGAUAUCAUCAGAAAACCCGUAGAGGUGACGCGACACUCUUUUGCUAAACGGCAUAGUUUGUGAUGGUAUGUAUGUACGGUAUAGUAUAUUUUUAAAUGUGCUUCUCUACUCAUUAAGGCUUGAUAA